UUAGGCGCGGACCGCGAGCGGAGGCUGCGAGCGCCGCCGCCACCUGAGAAGCCAGGCGCUCGGCCGGAGCCAGUGCGCGGCGCCCGGGCCUGGCCGGCUGCUUCCCGCCUCGGCCACCACCCCCGCCCCUGCCGCCCGGACCCCACCGAGGCGGGCGCCGCGGAACGUGAGGCGCGAAGCCCUGCCCGGACCGGCGCGGCCCGGAGCCGCGGCGCCGGAGGACCCCUGCAGUGCACCAUGAGUCGGUAAUGCCCACUGAGGACCUCUGGGAGCCAUGUCAGACGAAUCCACCUCAGGGAGCGAUCCAGACCUGGACCCGGACGUGGAGCUGGAGGAUGCGGAAGAGGAGGAGGAGGAGGAGGAGGUGGCAGUGGAGGAGCACAGCAGGGAUGAUGAGGAAGACCUGCUGGAUGACCCAUCCCUGGAGGACAUGUACGGCACUGAGUGUGCCCAGCUGGGGGAAGAUGGGCAGCGGCCACCGCGGUGCACUUCAACUACCUCAUCUCAGUCUGAGCCUUCAGAGCAGCUUAGGCGCCACCAAGGCAAGAGCCUGGCCUCUGACGACCCCAAAAAGAAGAGAGCUCAGAAGCCCUCCCACAUGAGGAGGAACAUACGAAAGCUGCUCCGGGAGGAUCAGUUGGAGCCAGUUACCAAAGCAGCACAACAGGAAGAGUUGGAAAGAAGGAAACGCCUGGAGCAGCAGAGGAAGGACUACGCAGCUCCCAUUCCCACUGUUCCCUUGGAGUUUCUUCCCGAGGAAAUUGUCUUAAGAGCAAGUGAAGGUCCCCAACUGCCUCCUCGGGUCUUGGCCCAGGAAGUCAUUUGUUUGGACAGUAGCAGUGGCAGCGAGGAUGAAAAAAGCAGCCGAGAUGAGGUGAUUGAACUGAGCUCUGGCGAGGAGGACACUCUGCACAUUGUGGACAGCAGCGAGUCUGUCAGCGAGGAGGAUGAGGAAGAGGAGAAGGGUGGCACCCACGUGAAUGACGUCUUAAACCAGCGCGAUGCUCUGGGGCGUGUCCUCGUCAACCUGAACCACCCUCCGGAGGAGGAGAAUGUCUUCCUGGCCCCACAGUUGGCUCGGGCAGUGAAACCCCAUCAGAUUGGCGGGAUCCGGUUCCUGUAUGAUAACCUGGUUGAGUCCCUGGAGAGGUUUAAGACCAGUAGUGGCUUUGGCUGUAUCCUGGCCCACAGCAUGGGUCUGGGGAAAACUUUGCAAGUGAUCUCCUUCGUCGACGUCCUCUUCCGCCACACGCCAGCCAAAACUGUCCUUGCCAUUGUGCCGGUUAAUACUCUUCAGAACUGGCUGGCGGAGUUCAACAUGUGGCUCCCAGCUCCUGAAGCCCUGCCAGCGGACAGCAAGCCUGAGGAGGUCCAGCCUCGCUUCUUUAAAGUUCACAUCCUGAAUGAUGAGCACAAGACAAUGGCAGCUCGAGCUAAAGUGAUGGCUGAUUGGGUGUCAGAGGGUGGGGUGCUCCUGAUGGGGUACGAAAUGUACAGGCUCCUCACCCUGAAGAAGUCCUUUGCCACAGGCAGACCGAAGAGGAGCAAGAAGCGGUCUCACCCGGUCAUCAUUGAUCUGGACGAGGAAGAUCGCCAGCAGGAGUUCCGGAGAGAGUUUGAGAAGGCCUUGAGCCGCCCUGGCCCUGAUGUGGUGAUCUGCGACGAGGGCCACCGUAUCAAAAACUGCCAGGCCAGCACCUCGCAGGCCCUGAAGAACAUUCGCUCCCGCCGCCGGGUGGUGCUGACCGGGUACCCCCUGCAGAACAACCUCAUCGAGUACUGGUGCAUGGUGGACUUUGUGCGCCCAGACUUCCUGGGCACCCGACAGGAGUUCAGCAACAUGUUCGAGCGCCCCAUCCUGAACGGGCAGUGUAUCGACAGCACGCCCCAGGACGUCCGCCUCAUGCGGUACCGGAGCCACGUCCUGCACAGCCUCCUGGAGGGCUUCGUGCAGAGGAGAGGCCACACUGUGCUGAAGAUUCAUCUCCCUGCCAAGGAAGAGAAUGUGAUCCUGGUGCGGCUCUCCAAGAUCCAGCGCGAUCUGUACACACAGUUCAUGGACCGCUUCCGGGACUGUGGCAGCAGUGGCUGGCUGGGGCUGAACCCCCUCAAGGCUUUCUGUGUGUGCUGCAAGAUCUGGAAUCACCCUGACGUGCUAUAUGAAGCCCUUCAGAAGGAGAACCUGGCCAAUGAGCAGGACCUAGACGUGGAAGAGCUUGGCUCCGCGGGGACUAGUGCCCGCUGCCCGUCACAGGGAACAAAAGUCAAGGGGGAGGACAGUGCCUUGGCCGCCUCGAUGGCAGAGGCAGCCAACAGCAAGUUCCUUCAAGGGGUCGGCUUCAACCCUUUCCAGGAGCGAGGCAACAACAUUGUCACGUAUGAAUGGGCCAAGGACCUUUUGACUAAUUACCAGACUGGAGUCCUGGAGAACUCUCCCAAGAUGGUACUGCUUUUCCACCUGAUCGAGGAAAGCGUGAAGCUUGGUGACAAGAUCCUCGUGUUCAGCCAGAGCCUUUCCACCUUGGCUCUCAUCGAGGAGUUCCUAGGGAAACGAGACGUGCCCUGCCUACCUGGUGCCGAGGGGCAAGGAGUACAGAAGUGGGUUCGAAACGUCAGCUACUUCCGGCUGGAUGGUAGCACCCCUGCCUUUGAGAGGGAGCGGCUCAUUAAUCAGUUCAAUGAUCCCAGCAACCUCACCACCUGGCUGUUCCUUCUCUCCACAAGGGCUGGGUGCUUGGGCGUGAAUCUGAUCGGUGCCAACCGAGUGGUGGUGUUUGACGCUUCCUGGAACCCUUGCCAUGAUGCUCAGGCAGUGUGUCGGGUGUACCGCUACGGCCAGAAAAAGCCCUGCCACAUCUACCGCCUUGUGGCUGAUUUCACCCUGGAAAAGAAGAUCUAUGACCGUCAGAUUUCCAAGCAGGGCAUGUCAGACCGCGUGGUGGAUGAUCUCAAUCCAAUGUUGAACUUUACCCGGAAGGAAGUGGAGAACCUACUGCACUUCGUUGAGAAGGAGCCGGCUCCCCAAGCAUCUUUGGACGUAAAGGGCAUCAAGGAGCCCGUCCUGCAGCUUGCCUGCCGGAAGUACCCUCACCUCAUCACCAAGGAGCCUUUUGAGCAUGAGUCAUUGCUCCUUAACCGAAGGGAUCACAAGCUGACCAAGGCGGAGAAAAAAGCAGCAAAGAAAAGCUAUGAGGAAGACAAACGCACAUCAGUCCCCUACACCCGCCCGUCGUACGCACAGUAUUACCCCGCCAGCGACCAGAGCCUGACCAGCAUCCCUGCCUUCAGUCAGAGAAACUGGCAGCCAACGCUGAAGAGCGAUGAGAAGCCUGUGGCCAGUGUCCGUCCUGUGCAGUCCACCCCCAUCCCCAUGAUGCCCCGGCAUGUCCCCCUGGGAGGCGGCGUAAGCUGUGCCUCCAGCACAAACCCAGCCAUGAACUUCCCCAUCAACUACCUGCAGCGCGCGGGCGUCCUUGUGCAGAAGGUGGUCACCACCACAGAUAUUGUUAUUCCUGGACUCAACAGCUCCACAGAUGUACAGGCGAGAAUUAACGCUGGGGAGAGCAUCCACAUCAUCCGCGGGACGAAAGGGACGUACAUCCGCACCAGCGACGGGCGCAUCUUUGCUGUCCGAGCGACGGGCAAACCCAAAGCCCCUGAAGAUGGCCGGAUGGCUGCCUCAGGUUCCCAGGGGCCUUCUCUCGAGUCUACGAGCAACGGCAGACCCAGUGCCUCAUCACCCAAAGCUCCCGACCCUGAGGGGCUGGCCAGGCCUGUCUCUCCCGACAGCCCGGAGAUCCUCAGCGAGCUGCAGCAGUACGCGGACGUGGCCGCUGCCCGCGAGUCCCGCCAGAGCUCCCCCAGCUCCGCCGCCGGCCUGCCCGGCCCCCCUGCCCAACUGGUGGACGGCAGUGCUGUGCCUGGGACUGCUCUUGGGACGGAGCCUCGACUUGGGAGCCACUGCCUCAACAGUUCCCUCUUGGUGACCGGCCAGCCCUGUGGUGACAGGCACCCAGUCUUGGAUUUAAGGGGCCACAAGCGGAAGUUGGUCACACCAUCUACUGCCCAGGAGUCAGCCCGCCGGCGGUCCAGGAAGGGCCAUCUACCAGCCCCCGUGCAGCCGUAUGAACACGGGUAUCCAGUUGCAGGCGGGUUUGCCAUGCCACCCGUCUCCUUAAACCAUAACCUCACCACCCCCUUCACCUCCCAGGCUGGGGAGAACUCCCUGUUUAUGGGCAGUCCCCCCUCCUACUACCAGCUGUCCAAUUUGCUGGCAGAUGCCCGCCUGGUGUUUCCAGUGACUACUGACCCUCUGGUGCCAGCAGGCCCCGUCAGUUCCUCUUCCACGGCUACCUCAGUCACUGCCAGCACCCCUUCCUUCAUGCUGAACCCCUCUGUUCCAGGGAUGCUGCCCAGCUACUCACUCCCGUUCUCACAGCCACUCCUGUCCGAGCCGAGGAUGUUUGCCCCUUUCCCCACCCCUGUCUUGCCCACCAACCUUUCCCGGGGCAUGUCGGUCUACCCAGGCUACAUGUCCUCCCACGCGGGCUACCCAGCUGGCGGCCUCCUCCAGUCCCAGGUGCCUCCAUUUGACUCUCACGAGGUGGCUGAGGUGGGGUUCAGCUCCAAUGACGAUGAGGACAAGGACGAUGAUGUGAUAGAGGUCACUGGGAAAUAGCUGGGAGCCCCGCUCCACCUCACUCAGGGCCCCAGCAUUGCCCACCAAGCUGGAAGGCAGCUGUCUGGGCUUCUGAGAGUAGGGCACUUGGCAGGAGGGGCAGGAAGAGGACAAGGAAGGGGGGUGACCAUAGUGGCAGGGCUCUGCUGCAGCCCAACAAAGGCAAAAAAUUCCAGCAGAGCAGCAAUCGUGGGAAAUCAGGGACCCAAACAGGACUGGAGGGCCGGGAAGCCCGCCUCUCUUCCUGCUGCCUUGCUUAGCUGUCAGCUUGCCUGCUUGCCCCUCUGAGUGUAGGCACUCACAUCCCAUCUCUGUCUUUGGGAACAUUCUCUCCCAAGAGACCUGCCUUACUGGGUGACUUAGCUUGGCCUAGAGAGGGGAGGGGAGUGAGGGGGGGGCGGGUAGAGAAGGAGUGUGGGCAGGGAGAGCAGACUGCGAUUCCACGUGAAGUGGAGUCUUUUUAGGGGGUGGGAAGGAAGCAGGCCAGGUAUGUGUGCUGUGCGUGUGUGUGUUUAUGUAUGUACGUAUGUGUAUGUAACAGCAGGGAUGAAGGUGGGGGGGAGGAAGGGAGGGACGAAUGGGGGGGGGGAAAUGAAUUUAUCUUUUUAAAAAUGGAAAUCAGAGUGUGGUGGUUCAUGGCAGUUAGAACGAACGUCAGGGUGAGCCCAGGAGAGCCGUGGAAACCACAAGUUUCCUUCUCGUGGGUGAAGAGGAGCCCAGGUAACCUGAGUCCCUGGUUUUCAGAGCCACAUUGGUUGUGGAAUUUGGGGGAGAUAAUGGGCAUUGCCCCUCUCUGCCUCUCCCUAGUGGCUGCCUCGGAGCAGCCCUUUCCAGGGAGGGGAACCCUGUGCUGUGGGGGAGGCUGGAAGGACAUGCUUCACAGGGAUGGACCUGAGCCCCACAGCCUGUCCCAGUGGCCUUUCCUGCCCCUGCCUUCCCUGGUAGAGAGCUCAGUUAAUUUAUUUCUUACGGGCAAUUAUUUAUUAUUUAGACUUUUCAUGUGUCUUUUUGUUGUUAUUGGUAGUGGGAGGGGGAGGCUGGGGUAGGGAAGAGGGUAGGAGAUGGGAAAGGCAGUUUUAAAAUACCCCAGACCCCAUGGCUGCCGGUGAGCACAUCCCCGAGGGCAUCCCCGAGGGUGGUGAAUUGGCCAUGGAAAGAAAGCCAGGCUUGACCAAGGUGUGCACCAAAUAGCCAUGUUUUGCAGGAAGACCAGGGACUCCUGUGUCUGGAGAAUUGGUGGGAUGAGACUUGUUCCACAGAGCUGGAAACUUGGGGUCAUGGAGUUUGCUAUUGGAAAGUAAAUGACCCCAAAUUUGGAGUUGCGUCCUUAGACUUAGAGGCAGGCUCGCUAUGCUGUGCAUAGAUGGCUGCGUUGAGGGAACAGACUUGAUUUCCUAUUGGGAAAUGUUGACUUCCCCAGCCUAUCAGAUGGUCAGUGUGGGCCUGCUGUCUGCUACCUCCAUCCUCUGAAGGAACAUGGAGGAGCCCUUCCUCUAUAGCAGCCUGAAGCCUGGCUUUGUCCUAAAAGAACAUACCAGCCAUUCUGGGUCAACCCUUUCUUGUUGCCAGUGCCGGGGCGGGGCAUCUAGUCUUUAGGCGCAAACACUGGCUGUCUUCCGCUUGGCUUUCCCUGCCUGCUGAGGCCGCUCCAGGCAGGUCUUUAUGAUGAACACACCGCGUCUGUCUGCAGAGCUCCACCCCCUCCCCGGGGGGUCCUCACUGGGCAGCUGCUGCCCCUGCCUCCCCUGUCCUGGAGGCAGUUUAGUCAGGUCACCCCUAGUAGUAGCUGCUUCUGUAACUCUUCCACCAGCUGGUUUUCGUUGUUGGGGGGCCUUACACACUCGGGGGGGGGUGUUCCCAGAGAAGAGACGAGGAGAAUGCUGAUGGGGGUGUGCAUGUACGAGUGUGAGUGCGUGUGUGUGUGUGUGUGUGUGUGUGUGUGUGUGCGCGCGCGCGCGCUGUCCAGUUAACACCAAGAGUGGGACUUAAGGCGCUUUUUUUCUCUUUUCAUAAGCACCCUGUCAGACUCUUAACUCUCCUACUCAUAGAAGCCUUAGACCUACAAUUUAGCUAUGCAAAUUAUUUUAGUAAUUUAAAACUAGCAUUUCACCAGUGCUCUCUCAGAUGCACCAGGAGCGGGUGGUGAGUGGACUCAGUGUGGGCUUUCAGGUUGAGGCUGGUGCUGAGGGUGUGAGCCUCCCCAGGUCUCCGGUUUGCAGAGCGCACUCACACCCUGGGCCACAGUUGAUACCUCCAAGGCCCCAGAGCACUGGGAUCCCAGAGCAGGUGUGUGUGUGUGUCUAAGGAGGGGUCAUUCUGUGUGCACCUCUAAAACAUCGUAGCAGCAGGCUCCAAGAAUCCACAAACUAUUCCAGCAAGGAAUUGAGACCAGUCACUGGAGGGAUGGGCUUUGGAGGUAUCAGGAAGUGAAUGGGUAUUAUGAGAGACAGUGUGUGCCUGCUGUUGACCCAGUGCUUCCAGGGGCUGGGUCUUGCUAUAACUGGGGAGAGGCCAUAGCUUCAGGAGGCAGACCUGGCUGGAGAAGGCUUUGUUCGAUAUGUGCAGCUUAUACUGUGUAAGCAGGUGGGGGUGGGGUCACGGGAAAUUGGGGUGCUACCAGUUCCAUGUUUGUUUUUUUAAUGACCGUGAAAACCCUUCUGACUUCCCUGCUGCCUCUUCCUGUGUGCUGGUAGGCAGUGAGCAUGUGUGUGAGGGAAGCAGGGACUGUCUCAGAGGCCAUGGGCCAUGUUCUACAGCUGCUUUGAUAGAGACACUUGCUGGUGGCUUCUACCUGCCGUCUAGGCCUGCGUGAGGGAGGAAUGGGGAGAAGAGGGAGGUGGGAGACCGGCCCGGGCACUUUCCCUCAUCUUCUACAGAAGCCCCGUCUGGCUGGUUCAGCCUAAGUUCUCACCAAGGGAAUAUGGUACAACUUGCUUCAGGAUUCCAUGUGUAGUGAUGUGUGAUUUCCUUUUCUUAGUAUCUGUGGAUAAAAAUUGAACAGAGACAGAGUAGCCACUUAAGAAAGUAAGUGAACCCUGUUGGAUCAGAUUGGAUUCUGCAAAGUCCUCACCUUCUCGAGUUGUGCUCAGCAUCUAUUUUGUCAUCUCCCGACUUCAGGAUAAUGCUGGUCCUUGGCACUCUCUUCCCGAGGAAUUAGUGUCUGAAGUUUAUAUGCUUGUGAUUCACAACUAAGUAUAUUUCCCACUCCAGGGUCUGAAGCAAAGCUAGGGGAGUUCUGCUGAUAGGUGGAAACAGACAACCAAACCUUAGGCGUCUGGGGGGGACCGUCACUCCCAAAGUCAGCAGAGCAAGUCGUCCGCUUCAGUCUGUGCAAGCCUGGCCUUGCUCCGGAACCGAAUGCUCCCAUGUGGAAGGUCUGGGGGCUUCACAUUCCUUGUUCCUAGCGUUCCUGGCCAUGACCCUUCCUCCUGUUUCCCAGUUCCCUGUGAUUCCUCAGAAGACCAGUCUCCCUUCCGAACCCCGGCCUCCUGUACACCCAGCUAAGUGGCUCUUUUGCCACCAGAACUCCUGAGGAGCUCCUUUCCCUGGUGGACCCAGGAGACUUUCUGGCCCUCUGCUCACUGUUCCAGGAACCUGCCCCUCCAGGCCUGAGUGCUUCACUCUCCAUCCGUCGCCCUCCCCAUCCAUUCCCCUCCUACUGGCGCUUCUCUUCUGCCCUGUGUAUUCCACUGUUACCCUAAAUGUCUGUCUGUCUGCCACUAGCUUGGCCCUGGGCCUUUUAUGAAUACCCAAGUCUUACAAUGAACUUCCUGAGCAGGCAAUGUCCAACUUCUUUGCUCUCAGGGACUGUGUCUGCCUCUCCUCCCCCCUCGGGCCUAUGUGACUGAGGAAAAGGUGCAUCUGAGUCCGGGAGAGGUAGCCAGGCAGGCUGCAGAGUCUGGGGCAGAGGCUGGGAGAGAUUUGGGUACUUUCUGUUACCACUACUGGGGUGAUAUUCAGAAGAGGGGGGACCUCAUACUGUGACCUGAUCCAGGACCCUCCUCUGGAAGAGAGCUCAGCCCAGGUGUGUGUAUGUGUGUGUGUGUGUGCCUGUGAGUGUGUGUGCAUAUGCACACACCUGCUCAUGUGCACAUGAGUGUAAACUGACUUGUCUGGUUGUGUUACUCAGGGUGGGCUGGGGACUCAGCAGAAGAAUCCCCUUAGCCCGCUCAAGACUGGUUUUUUCCUGUACCCUCUCCAGAGGGGUCGGGAAGGAGGUCCAGGUGGGUUGAGGGGGUCGCAGUGGAUAACCACUAAGGCCACAUUGCUGCCAGGAAGGGGGGGGGUUGGGGCCCCAGGGACCUGGCACCUGGCUUUGGUUUUCCCGUCUUCUUUCCUCAGGACGCCCCCUGAGGCCUGGGAUUGCACCUGGCUUUGAGGAGCACCUGUGGCUGGUGCUCUGCCGGUGUAGUCAUGGGCUUCCCUCCUCUCGCAGGGCAGGUGCUCCUGCCCCAGAGACUGGGCAACUGGCUGUUUCUAUGACGUAUUUAUUUUUACUUGUGUUUCAUGUCACUUUUUUAAAAAAGCAAACAGAACAAUUGUAAGUCAGUGUAACUGCCUAUCAGUUUUCUUUAUUUCUCUUUUUGUAAAAUAAAAUUUAAACUCAAGAAGGCAA